UCGCUGGCUGCAGUGUUUACUCUAGCUCUGUGCCAUUACCCUUAGGGGGAUGCCGUUCUGUUUCCUGUAGCUGCCCAUGACUUUGCCUCCCCCACCUCCUCACACCCCACCUCUGGGACUCCACCUGCUCUGCUCCACUCCUGCCUUCUACCUAGGAGUCUCAGGAGCCCCUCUGGGUCUGCGUCUUGUUGUAAGUGUGUUUGCCCAGACUGAAGCGCAGUUCCGUCUCCUGGAUUUACUCUAGUUCAACUGAAAGGGAGGGUGUGUUGAGUGAGAGAAGCGGGUGUCGUUGGAGACAUCCUUAGGCCUACUUCCUGCCCGUCUUUGUUGUACCUCUCUGUGUUCUGUUGAAGGACCUUGACUUUCCUGAGGGACUCCGAUAUCAUUCUUCUCACAGGUGUGAUAUGGGAGUGAUGAGCUGAACAUGGGGUCGCUACUGUCACAAUUGGGUCUGGAGUGUGGGAGGAAGGAAGUAAAAGAGGAAGAAAGACACCUGCGAGCAAAUGACAGAGAAUUCAACUUGUCUUACGAGUAUGCUGACAAUGCCAUUAAAACCUCCAAAUACAAUAUCUUCACCUUUCUCCCGCUCAAUCUGUUUGAGCAGUUCCAAAGGCUGGCCAAUGCCUAUUUCCUCUUCCUCCUCUGUCUCCAGCUCAUCCCAGAGAUAUCAUCCCUGUCCUGGUUCACCACCGUGGUCCCCCUGGUCCUGGUGCUCUCCAUGACCAUGGCUAAGGACGGCAGCGACGACAUAAACAGACACAGAUGUGAUAGACAGGUGAACAACCGGAAGGUGGAGGUCCUCAUCGAUGGAGAACUAAGGAGUGAAAAGUGGAUGGAUGUUCAAGUUGGGGACAUCAUCAAGCUGGAGAAUAAUCAGUUUGUCACGGCCGAUCUCCUUUUGCUGUCCAGCAGUGAGCCUCUCAACCUCAUCUACAUAGAAACAGCUGAACUAGAUGGAGAAACUAACUUGAAGGUGAAGCAGGCCCUGACUGUAACAGGGGAACUGGAGGAUUGCAUAGAGAAACUGGCCAACUUCAACGGCGAGGUGCGCUGUGAGCCACCCAACAACCGCCUAGAUAAGUUCACUGGCACCCUGACUCUGAAGGGAGAGAUGUACUCCCUGGACAACGAGAGGGUCCUGCUGAGAGGCUGUACUCUGAGGAACACCCAGUGGUGCUUCGGCCUGGUCGUCUUUGGAGGUCCAGACACCAAGCUGAUGCAGAACUGUGGAAAGACUACAUUGAAACGGACCAGCAUUGAUCGCCUCAUGAAUGUUCUGGUGCUGAGUAUCUUUGGUUUCCUGGCGGUUAUGUGUUUAAUCCUGGCCGUUGGGAAUGGAAUCUGGGAGUACCAGGAGGGCUCUAAGUUUGCUGCAUUCCUACCCAAGCAAGAGGGGGUUAACGCUCCCUUUUCAGCCUUCCUCACCUUCUGGUCCUACGUCAUCAUCCUCAACACUGUGGUGCCUAUAUCCCUCUAUGUCAGUGUGGAGAUCAUUCGCCUGGGGAACAGUUUCUACAUAGACUGGGACAGGAAGAUGUACUAUCCCAAGAGUGACACGCCUGCCGAGGCCAGGACCACCACGCUCAACGAGGAGCUGGGCCAGAUCAAAUACAUCUUCUCUGACAAGACUGGAACACUCACACAGAACAUCAUGACCUUCAACAAGUGUUCCAUCAACGGGAAGUCCUAUGGGGAGUUGUUGGACUUUUCUGGACAAAGAGUGGAGAUUAAUGAGAAAACAGAGAAGGUGGACUUCUCUUGGAACAACCUGGCCGACCCAAAGUUCUGUUUCCAUGACCACAGCCUAGUGGAGGUGGUGAGGGAGGGCAACCCCGAGGUGCAGGCCUUCUUCCGCCUGCUUGCGUUGUGCCACACCGUCAUGCCCGAGGAGAAGAAGGAGGGUGAAUUGUACUACCAGGCCCAGUCACCAGACGAGGGAGCUCUGGUCACAGCAGCCAGGAACUUUGGCUUUGUGUUCCGCUCUCGUACGCCAGAGAGCAUCACUGUAGUGGAGAUGGGAGAGCUGGUCACCUACGAGCUGCUGGCUGUACUGGACUUCAACAACGUCCGCAAGAGGAUGUCGGUCAUCGUCCGCAGUCCGGAGGGCAAGCUGACUCUUUACUGUAAGGGAGCAGACACCAUAAUCUUUGAGAGACUGAACCCUUCUUGCAGCAAACUAAAGGAGGUCACCACCGAACACCUCAAUGAGUAUGCUGGGGAUGGUCUGCGUACGCUGGCUCUGGCCUACAAGGACAUAGACCCAAAGUAUAUGGAGGAGUGGAAACUGCGCCACCAUGAGGCCAGCACUGCCAUGGAUGAGAGGGAGGAGAAGUUGGAUGCGCUGUAUGAGGAGAUCGAGAAAGGCCUGCUGCUGUUAGGAUCCACUGCAGUAGAGGAUAAGCUACAGGAUGGAGUGCCUCAGACCAUUGAGCAGCUCUCCAAAGCCGACAUCAAGAUCUGGGUGCUCACUGGAGACAAGCAAGAAACGGCAGAGAACAUUGGCUACUCCUGCAACAUGUUGCGAGAGGAGAUGACCGAAGUGUUCAUCGUGUCGGCAAACACAGCCGAGGAAGUCAGAAAGGAGCUCCAGACCGCAAGGAGGAAGAUGAGACCUGACGGACCAGAGGAGCCUACAGUCACGAAGAGUAGAAGUGGCCUGUUUUGUCUUUUAAAGACAGAGACGGUGGCAGAUGAACCAGUGGAUGGAGAGUACGCUAUGGUGAUUAACGGACACAGUCUGGCCUUUGCCCUGGAGAAGGACAUGGAGAUGGAGCUGCUGCGGACAGCGUGUAUGUGUCAGACGGUGAUCUGCUGCAGGGUGACUCCACUGCAGAAAGCCCAGGUGGUGGAGCUGGUGAAGAAGUACAAGCAGGCUAUCACUCUGGCCAUCGGUGACGGCGCCAACGACGUCAGCAUGAUCAAGGCUGCUCAUAUAGGAGUAGGUAUAUCAGGUCAGGAGGGAAUGCAGGCGGUGCUCUCCAGUGACUUCUCCUUCGCUCAGUUCCGCUACCUGCAGCGCCUCCUGCUGGUGCACGGCCGCUGGUCCUACCUGAGGAUGUGCAAAUUCCUGCGUUACUUCUUCUACAAGAAUUUCACCUUCACCUUCGUCCACUUCUGGUACGGCUUCUUCUGCGGUUUCUCAGCACAGACUGUGUAUGACGAGUGGUUCAUCACCCUGUAUAACCUGGUUUACACAGCUCUACCUGUGCUGGCGUUGAGUCUCUUUGACCAGGAUGUAAAUGAUCGGUGGAGUUUCCAGUACCCCAAGCUCUAUGCCCCAGGCCAGCUCAACCAGUACUUCAGUAAGAGGGCCUUUGUCUACACAUUGUUACACAGUGUCUACAGCUCCCUGGUCCUCUUCUUCAUUCCCUGGGCAGCCAUGUACGACACGGUCCGAGACGACGGCAAAGACAUUGUGGACUAUCAGUCCUUCGCCCUGCUGGCCCAGACCUGCCUGCUCAUCGCCGUCAGUAUACAGCUGGGUCUGGACACCCACUAUUGGACAUCAGUGAACCAGUUCUUCCUGUGGGGCAGUCUGUGUGUGUACUUUGCUGUCAUAUUCACCAUGUACAGCAAUGGCAUGUUUCUCAUCUUCACCUCCUCCUUCCCCUUCAUUGGCACAGCCAGGAACUCCCUGAACCAGCCCAAUGUGUGGCUGACUAUGCUACUCACCUCCAUCCUCUGUGUGCUUCCCGUGGUGGCAUAUCGCUUCCUCCGCAUCCUGCUGUGGCCCACUGUCAACGACAAGGUGAGGUACAAGGUGAGACAGGACAAGGUGUUACCCCCUGCCCCUCGCCGUGUCCAAGCCCGCCGCGCCAGUACCCGCCGGUCAGGCUACGCCUUCUCCCACGCCCAGGGCUACGGUGACCUGGUGACCUCAGGCAGAUUCCUGCGGUGGACCCCGAAGAGCCGGCCAGCCCUUUUCUCCCAGACAGACUCCCCAUUGGCUCAGACCCAGCCUCAGUUCUACCGCACUAUCAAUGAGGGGGGGGAGCCACCACUGAGUCCCUAGGAGUGAUGACCUAACAGAGCACACAGUGUUCUGGCCAUUCAGUCUGAAAAUCCUCAAUCUAUUCCUAAAAGAAAAAUCAAAUGUCAAUCAGCCAUGUUUCUGUGAAACACUUCCACUGUUGCUAGGAUGUGUAACAUUCUUCUGGAUGAAAAGUACAAGGACAACUCCAAGCCUAAAUUCAGCCAGGUUUAGUUUCAAGAUGUAUGUAUGUGGAAGUACUGUACUUGUAACUGUAAAGAAAAAAGUAUUGGUAAUACAGCAACAAAAUCAUGCUGGGCAAAAGUCCAAAAUGAUCAUUAUGGUACAAUGGUCAUAGUGGUGGUUGGUGCCGUUUAUGAUUAGGGAGGACAAAAAAAUUGUAUGGCCUUGUUUCUAUUACAGCAUACUAUUGGAUGACUGUCAUUCAUAUUCCAUUCACCCAGCUCAAUGUGACAUCUAUAGGUUUAGGCUGCUACAUCAUACUCUAAUUUUCCCUAUACCCAUCAUGAGGCUGCUACAACCUAGCCUAGGUGCACAUGUCAAAAUACAAAUUGGAGUAAUCAAGGUGACAGACAGUGCCUGCAUCUAGCUGAUCUAGGGUGUAAUCAUUAGGUCAAACCGUUGCAAACAAAUUUCUAUUGGACAAAUUCAGGUAGGUUUAUUCCUGUUCCGUUUGCUUCUGUUUAAGAUACGUUUUUCAACAGAAUUAGCAGAAUUAAUACACCCCUGAUCACUCGCACACACAGCUCACUUUCAUAGCAGCCACAUACAAACAGCAUCAUCACUUUGCUCGUUGUAUAAAUCUUUCUCGCUUCUAUGCGCUCUCUUCCUCUCACCUUUUCCCUUCGCUUGUGGACUUCAGUGCACAACACAACAGUUGUCAGUGACCAGUCAAAAAAAACUUUCCAAGCCAAAGCUUCAUACCAUAACCACUAAACCGCUUCACACAGCCUACAUCGUUGUCACCAUAUUAGCUUACAUCAUAGUCAACAUAGCUACUAGAAAUAACGUGUUAGUGAACCCGCUACACUCACACAGUACAGUGUACAGCAAGCAGUUUAGCAGUUACACCGGUGGGCCCCGGUGACAAUAUAAAAAAAAAUGAAAGCUUACCUAUACUUGGAAGAGUUUCAGUGUUGGAUAGCCUUAGCCAGCUAGCUAACAUAAGUAACAUUCUUCUCUGUUUGAGCCAGGUGUUUAAGUAGGCUAAAUGAAUUAGCUGCAUUAUCUCGAAAGUGAACAAAAUGCAGCUCUCUCUCUCUGCUGCUUCUUAUUUUUUUAAGAAAUUAAUUUUUUCAAAACUGUUCAACUAUUGUCUUUCUCUUUGAGUCAACUACUCACCACAUUUUAUGCACUACAGGGCUAGCUUAUGUUUUCACUCCUAGAUUCAUUCUCUGAUCCAUUGAUUGGAUGGGCAACAUGUCAGUUCAUGCUGCAAGAGCACUGAUUGGUUGGAGGACGUCCUCCGUAAGCCAUCAUAAUUACUGUGCAGGUCUAUGGUAGGGGGUGAGAACCAUGAGCCUCCUAGGUUUUGUAUUGAAGUCAUUGUAAACAGACGAGGAUGGAAAAUAGCUGUCCUCCGGUUACAACAUGGUGCUACCCCAGAGUGUGUUGUUGAGGCUACUGUAGACCCUCAUUGCAAAACAGUGCAUUUUAAUUUAGUAUAUUUAGUAUAGUUUGAUCUAAAAAAAAAAGAUCACUUUUUUAAUGUUUUACCCAAAAAAUAUAAAUGAAAUUCACUGAGGAGAAUGGUCCUCCCCUGUUUUAUUAUAGCUUUAAUGAAUUGUAGUUAUUAUUACUGUGUUAUUAUUUAAUGAGACUAAAAGGGCCUUAAAUAACAUAAUUUGAAACUUUUAUACAAACCUUCUUUACAUAUUGUUCCACCUACAUUGUAGUGUCUGUACUCAGGGUGUUGCAUUGAGUUAUGAUAUAUUAUUAUUUGAGUGCAUUAUGUCAGUCAUAGCCUGUUAUGACUUUGCCUGAUUUAUGUUAGUAUACCGUAGUAGACAUAUUUGUGUAAUAUUUGUUUGACCUACAUAAAGAUGUUAUAUUUUUUCUCUCAAUCAUUGAAACACUAAUCAUAGACACUCUGAUGUGAUUUUAAUUAUGUACCCUACUUUUUGAGCAUUGUACUGCCAUAAUAAAUGUUUGAUAUUUUUGUA